UCCUCUGCGGAUCCAGUGCUCAGCACCUCGGCUAAAGGGAUGGGAAGCCCUGCCAUGGACAGCAAGAAGAAAGAUGCCUCUGGCAGCAGGAAAAGCUCCAGCCAGAAGAAACUCAUGUUGCGGGUGCACAUUCCCGAUCUCAGCUCGUUUGCCAUGCCCUUCUUGGAUGGUGAUGUAGAGAGCACGGACAAAAAUGCUGCUCGCAAGGGGGAAGAAAGCUACUCUACAGGCAGCCCUUCGAAAGGCCUUUUCUCCAAAGGGCUCCAGAACCGGCCUUCCAGCCCCGUUUCUGCCCCCGUGAGGUCUAAGCACAGCCCCGGCUCACCCAAAACAGUGUUCCCCUUCCCAUACCAGGAGUCUCCCCCACGCUCCCCACGCCGCAUGAGCUUCAGUGGGAUCUUCAGGUCCUCCUCCAAAGAGUCCUCCCCCAAUUCUAACCCGUCUACCUCUCCCGGGGGCAUCAAGUUUUUCUGCAGAUCAAGAAAAACCUCUGGCCUCUCCUCAUCUCCAUCCACCCCAACACAAGUGACCAAGCAGCCCACGUUUCCUCUCGAAUCCUAUAAGCAUGAACCAGAGAGACUAGAAACACGGAUUCACUGUUCCUCACCUCCGGACACAGGGCAGGGAUUUUCUUUGCCUCCAUCCCAAAGUGCAGCCAAGCCUCCUAUAAUGACUCCAGCUCCUUGUGCUACCUCAAAACCAGCGGCGGCGGCGGCGGCAGCGGCGGCUCCGGAUCCCUCGCAGCCCCCGGCCGCCUCCGAAGGGAUGCUGGAGAAACUGGAGCUCGAAGAUGAAGCACUUGAAGAAUCGGAAAGUGACAUUUAUGUGCGAUUCAUGAGGUCACACAAGUGUUACGACAUUGUCCCCACGAGCUCCAAGCUUGUUGUUUUCGACACUACGCUACAAGUAAAGAAAGCCUUUUUUGCCUUGGUGGCAAAUGGUGUUAGAGCAGCUCCGCUAUGGGAGAGUAAAAAACAGAGUUUUGUAGGGAUGUUAACAAUUACAGAUUUCAUUAACAUACUGCAUAGAUACUAUAAGUCUCCAAUGGUUCAGAUCUAUGAACUGGAGGAGCACAAAAUAGAAACCUGGCGGGAGCUUUAUUUACAAGAGACAUUUAAACCUUUAGUGAACAUCUCCCCAGAUGCAAGCCUUUUUGAUGCUGUAUAUUCACUGAUCAAAAACAAAAUCCACAGAUUGCCGGUUAUAGAUCCUGUCAGUGGGAAUGCACUUUAUAUACUUACCCAUAAAAGAAUCCUCAAGUUCCUCCAGCUUUUUAUGUCAGAGAUGCCAAAGCCUGCCUUUAUGAAGAAGAAUUUGGAUGAACUUGGGAUAGGAACUUACCACAACAUUGCCUUCAUACAUCCAGACACUCCUAUCAUUAAAGCCUUGAAUAUAUUUGUAGAAAGAAGGAUAUCGGCAUUACCUGUUGUGGAUGAGUCAGGAAAAGUUGUAGAUAUUUAUUCCAAAUUUGAUGUAAUAAAUCUUGCUGCUGAAAAAACAUAUAAUAACCUAGAUAUCACAGUGACGCAAGCCCUACAACACCGGUCCCAGUAUUUUGAAGGUGUUGUAAAGUGCAGUAUGCUGGAAACACUGGAGACCAUUGUGGAUAGAAUAGUGAAGGCCGAGGUGCAUCGUCUGGUGGUAGUGAAUGAAGCGGACAGCAUUGUGGGCAUCAUCUCCCUCUCCGAUAUUCUACAGGCUUUGGUACUCACACCAGCAGGUGCCAAACAAAAGGAGAACGAAAGUGACUGACUGCUGUGAAUGUGUAAACGCUGUAGGAGAACUUGAACAAAAGCUUCUGGGUCAAGUUUGUCUCAAGAACAGUGACCGCCAUAGACGGGAGCAGAGUGGCUGAGAAUGUGUUUUGGGACUUAGUGAUGGAUGAUGAGUCUCUUCCCCCCAGUGAUGUCGCAAAAAAAAGCAGCAUGACAAAAGCUUAUGUUAAAAUGUAGGCUUGUAUUUCAAACCGUCUUCGAAACAUUUGCUGGAAGACUUCACAUGAUGUCCUUCAUUACAAUGCACUGUAUUCUGAAACUUUUUUUCAUUUUGUAUUUGACAGAAGUCACCGGUCAGCAAUGGAUAUAUGUGACAUAAGGCAAGUGUAUGGCAUAUUCAUAUCAUAGUGCCUUAUGUCAAAAUACAGCAAUAUGUCAUCACUGUUGCCCAUCACUGUCAAAGGAAGUAUUGUGCUAAACGAGACACUGUAUUUGAAUGUGAAAGUCUUGAAACCUAAAACCAAAUCAGUUUCAGUUCUCAUUAGAUUUGUCAUAAAAGCUGUAAUUUGAAUAUUGGUAGACUUUAAAACUUGGACAGUUUUGUGUUAAAUGUUGCAUUCUGAACGGAGAUGUAAAACGAGACUGAUUUUAAAGAACAGCUUUAUUUAUUUUUACUUUCUUGACAAUUUUUUACACAUCUUUGGUGGAUAGCUAAAAUUUCACCAUAUCCAUUAAUAAACUGUUGAUUGUUAUACAACCAAGUGGUAGAUUUUUCUCGUUAUUUAAAUGAUUGGAGCUGCAGGAGCUGUGG